GCCUGACUUGGCAGCCUCAAAGGUGAACAAAAGGGUCCUGGCUUUGGCAAGAGCAGAGGGAAGUUGGAGGGAGCCUCAGCCCCAUCCAAACCAUAAUAGAGUUGUCGCCAAUGCCCCUGGGUGGCUGCUCUGUGGGGACCGCGCUCCCCGGGUGUCCCCAGGGACUGCUCUCAGAUGUACAGGUCAGCUCUGUGCAGAGGCCUGCAGAAGGGGCAGAGGAUGAGCUGGUGAACUCCAAGGCGGAGUGGUUCUCAUGCAUGUCUGGAAGACGGUGCACAGGGAAGAGAAGGAGAAUUUCCCUGGGCCACUGCUGAGUCAGAAAAACUCAGCUCCCAAAUGGACUUUACCUGGAGGCCUCCUGUGGCUGGGAACUGAUGCGCAAUCCAGCAAAGGCACCUGUUCGCCGAGGUGGAGGCUGGUCACUGCUCCUCGAGUGGCCCGAGGAGCUGCUGGAUUCACCCACAAGGCGGGAGAGCUGCUGGGUUGCUGCUGCUUUGAGAGCCCCAGGCAACACUUGGGAAGGUUAGUGGAUGGCUCCAGGAAGACCUUGAUUUGCUCCCGAGGAAGCUGUGUUUUCGUGGGUUGGCUUCCGGUCAUACUGCCUCGCCCCCACCCAGCCGACCAUGAGCCAGGCAGAUCCUGCCGAUGACCCAGAUCCCAGCCCCGCACCCCUGUGCGUGGCGUGCGGCCAAGCCCACUCGCCCGAAGAAAACCACUUCUACACCUACACAGAAGACGUGGACGAUGACCUCAUUUGCCACAUCUGCCUGCAAGCUUUGCUGGACCCUCUGGACACUCCCUGCGGACACACCUACUGCACGCUCUGCCUCACCAACUUCCUGGUGGAGAAGGACUUCUGCCCCGUGGAUCGCAAGCCUCUGGUUCUGCAGCACUGCAAGAAAUCCAGCAUCCUGGUCAACAAGCUCCUCAACAAGCUUCUGGUGACCUGCCCGUUCACCGAGCACUGCGACGAGGUGCUACAGCGCUACGACCUUGAGCAUCACUUUCAAACCAGCUGUAAAGGUGCCUCCCACUACGGCCUGACCAAAGACAGGAAGAGGCGCUCCCAGGAUGGCUGUCCAGACGGCUGUGCUAGCCUCACGGCAGCAGCUCUCUCCCCGGAGGUUUCUGCGGCUGCCACCGUCUCCUUAAUGACGGACGAGCCCGGCCUGGACAACCCUGCCUACGUGUUCACAGCGGAGGACGGGCAGCCAGCAAGCAGCCCACUGGACUCUGGCCGGAGCAACCGAAUGAGGGCACGGCCCUUUGAGCGAUCCACCAUCAGAAGCAGAUCUUUUAAAAAAAUAAAUCGAGCACUGAGUGUUCUUCGACGGACAAAGAGUGGAAGUACAGUGACCAAUCAAGCUGACCAGGGCAGAGAACAUUCUGAAAACAUCACUGUCCCUGAUGUCUUUCCAAGGUUGUAUCACCUAAUUCCAGAUGGUGAAAUUACCAGCAUCAAGAUCAAUCGAGCAGAUCCCAGUGAAAGCCUCUCUAUUAGGCUUGUGGGAGGCAGCGAAACCCCGCUGGUCCAUAUCAUUAUUCAGCACAUUUAUCGUGAUGGGGCCGUCGCCAGAGACGGCCGGCUGCUGCCAGGAGACAUCAUCCUGAAGGUCAAUGGGAUGGACAUCAGCAACGUGCCUCACAACUAUGCCCUGCGCCUCUUGCGGCAGCCCUGCCAGGUGCUGCGGCUGACCGUGCUGCGGGAGCAGAAGUUCCGGACCAGGACCGACGGACAGCCCCUGGACACCUAUGGACCCCAGGGGGACAGUUUCCACGUGAUUCUUAACAAAAGUAGCCCUGAUGAGCAGCUUGGAAUAAAACUGGUGCGCAAGGUGGAUGAGCCUGGGGUGUUUAUUUUCAACGUGCUGGAUGGUGGCGUGGCAGACCGACACGGCCAGCUGGAGGAGAACGACCGCGUGUUAGCCAUCAAUGGACAUGACCUUCGGUACGGCAGCCCGGAAAGCGCAGCUCAUCUGAUUCAGGCCAGUGAAAGGCGCGUUCACCUCAUCGUGUCCCGCCAGGUUCGGCAGCAGAGUCCUGACAUCUUUCACGAAGCCAGCUGGAACAGCAACGGCAGCCAGUCCCCAGAGCCAGGGGACAGAAGCAACUCUCCCAAGCCCCUCCAUCCUGCGGUCACUUGUCAUGAGAAGGUGGUAAGUGUCCGAAAAGACCCCAGCGAAUCACUCGGCAUGACGGUUGCAGGGGGAGCGUCCCACAGGGAGUGGGACUUGCCAAUCUAUGUCAUCAGUGUUGAGCCUGGAGGAGUCAUAAGCAGAGAUGGAAGAAUAAAAACAGGUGACAUUUUGUUGAAUGUGAAUGGGAUUGAACUAACAGAGGUCAGCCGGAGCGAGGCAGUUGCUUUAUUGAAAAGCACAUCCUCCUCGGUGGUACUUAAAGCUUUGGAAGUUAAAGAACAUGAGCCUCAGGAAGAUUGCAGCAGCCCAGCAACCUUGGACUCCAACCACAACAACACAGCCCCACCUGGUGACUGGUCCCCCUCCUGGGUCAUGUGGCUGGAAUUACCACGGUACCUGUGUAACUGUAAAGAUGUUGUAUUGCGAAGAAACACAGCUGGAAGUCUGGGCUUCUGCAUUGUAGGAGGUUACGAAGAAUACAGUGGGAACAAACCUUUUUUUAUCAAAUCCAUUGUUGAAGGAACACCAGCAUACAAUGAUGGAAGAAUUAGAUGUGGUGAUAUUCUUCUUGCUGUCAAUGGUAGAAGUACAUCAGGAAUGAUACAUGCUUGCUUGGCAAGGAUGCUGAAAGAACUUAAAGGAAAAAUUACUCUCACUAUUGUUUCUUGGCCUGGCACUUUUUUAUAGACUCAGUGAUGGGUCAUAGGAAAAAGGAAAUCACAAAUAAGCUAAGUUGAAACAUUUAUCUUGUCAAUUUUUGUAUUUGAAGGCUACACUGUAAAAAUGUAAAUGUUAAUGUCAGGAAGAGUAUAAUCGAAUGAAAGCCACACCUCACAAAAUAUAAUUCUCAAAACAUAAACAUUACUAAUAGUUUUUAUUCAGUGUAGAGAAUUUUUCAUUACUCUACAACUUUAAGUUUAUAUAUUUCUAGUCAUAAAAAGCUCUUAAAUAGCUGAAAUGGUCUGUUUGCCACCAAUGAAUUCAAAUCAUACACUUAAAAAUUUGGUAUAUGCUGAGGUCUGCAAAGGUACAUUAUGGGCAUUUUAAAAACAAUUUACAGACAGAGGACUUUGAAAGUGCAUUGUUGAAAAAUGUUCCUUUCAUCAAAUGAGAAAUAAAUAUUUUUCAAAACUUA